GCGUGUCAACAAAGUUAGCCAAAGCCCAAAUUUUGUAUAUAAAUAGUGAACUGAUGACUUCUCCAAUACAAAGUCCUAAACUUUCAGAUCCUUUUCAAACUCAAGAAAGAAGAAGAUGAAGAUCACUGUAAUGACUACCAAUGACAACAUCGUCACCUUAGAUGUCGACCCUCAUGAAACGGUUGAGAAUGUGAAAGCUUUGCUAGAGGUUGAGACUCAUGUACCGUUACAACAGCAGCAGUUGCUUUAUAAUGGGAAGGAGGUUAGGAAUUCUGAUAAGUUGAGUGGUGUGGGUGUUAAAGAUGAUGAUUUGUUGAUGAUGGUACCCAAUUCUGCAUCUGGUGGCAGUGCCGCCUCCAAUGAGUUGGGCAUGAAUCCAGAUGGCUCUGCUGCAAAUCCUGAAGCUUUCCAGAGACACCUUCGAAGUGAUUCCAAUAUGAUGGCACAGCUGUUUCAGACCGAUCCUGAUUUAGCACAAGCUAUUUCCGGGGACAAUGUCAAUCGAUUGCAGGAGCUUUUACGCGAGCGUCAUCGCCAAAGAUCUGACAUGAAGCGUCAGCAAGACGAAGAGCUUGCCCUUCUUUAUGCUGAUCCCUUUGAUGUUGAAGCCCAAAAGAAAAUUGAAGCUGCCAUUCAACAGAAAGGAAUUGAUGAAAAUUGGGCAGCUGCCCUAGAACAUAACCCAGAAGGUUUCGCUAGGGUGGUUAUGUUGUAUGUUGACAUGGAGGUCAAUGGGGUACCAUUAAAGGCAUUUGUUGAUAGUGGAGCACAGUCAACAAUUAUAUCCAAAAGCUGCGCCGAGCGUUGUGGGCUGUUGCGGCUUUUAGAUCGACGUUAUAAGGGCAUUGCUCAUGGUGUUGGCCAGUCAGAGAUAUUAGGCAAAAUUCAUGUAGCUCCAAUAAAGAUUGGAAACAUAUUUUAUCCUUGUUCUUUCAUGGUUCUCGAUCAACCGAACAUGGAGUUUCUUUUCGGACUGGAUAUGCUUCGUAAGCAUCAGUGCAGCAUAGAUUUGAAGGAUAAUGUUUUGAGAGUCGGUGGAGGAGAGGUUUCUGUACCGUUUCUUCAAGAGAAAGACAUACCACAACAUUUUUUGGAUGAACAAAGGCUAUCCAAAGAAGCAUCCAGCUCGGGAACCGGGGUGGCAUCAGGAAGUACAAUGGAUGGGAGCAAAAAAGCAUCACAAGGAGCCCAAUCUUCUGGAGGUACUGCUCAGGGAUCCGAUUUCGAAAGCAAGAUUUCGAAGCUGGUUGAGCUCGGAUUCGGAAGAGAAGCAGUCAUAGAAGCUCUCAAGCUAUGUAAUGGAAAUGAGGAUCAAGCAGCUGGAUUUCUUUUUGGGGGCUAAAUUAUUCUACCUCAUUUUUUCAUAGCAUUUUUUAUAGCAUUUUCUAUUUAUGGUUACCAUUGGAAUAUGUCAUUUAAAAUGAAAUUGUUGAUAACAUUUAACUCUUUUUAAUAUCAAAUUAUUGUUAAAACUUUAAAAACUCUUCUACAAAACUAGUCUUCCAAUUCAAAUGAGUGAUGUUUCAUAAC